CCGCACUGCAUUUGGUUUUCUGGUUUUGGCAGACGUCGUUCGUUGUUUGUUUUGGGUUCCUCGAAAUCCAAUUAAAACAACUUUAAAUACUUAACGUCUCUAAAUCUCUAUUUGGACUUCUUCUUCUAUCCUUCAGUAUCCAAACUCCACUUCUAGGUCAAGAUGUUCAAAUCUCUGUUCGAGGCCGCUCAGAACUCAACGUUCAAAUCGCCAUUCACCAGUGUUAACUGCCAGUCAGCUGCCAACCCAUCCGAGGUAGUAUCCACCCCCUCAGCUGUUCCAGCUCGCCUUAACGAUGUCCAGCCACGUCAACAUAGCAGCCAUCACAAUUUCGCUGCCGCAGCAGUUGCUGAGGGUGAUUCCUGUGAAUUUGGCUCCAAUCACUAUUUCUUGCUGUGCGGUCUGGGCGGCAUCAUUUCCUGCGGCUCCACACACACAAUGGUAGUGCCUCUGGAUUUGGUCAAGUGCCGUCUGCAGGUGGAUCCGGCCAAAUACAAGAGUGUAUUCAAUGGUUUCCGCGUCAGUAUGGCCGAGGAGGGUGUCAGGGGUCUGGCCAAGGGCUGGGCACCCACAUUCAUUGGCUACUCCAUGCAGGGUCUGUGCAAAUUCGGUCUUUAUGAGGUCUUCAAAAAAGUUUACGGCGAUGCCAUUGGCGAGGAGAAUGCUUUCCUAUAUAGAACUGGCCUCUAUUUGGCUGCUUCUGCUUCGGCCGAGUUCUUUGCCGAUAUUGCUUUGGCUCCCAUGGAGGCGGCCAAGGUGAAGAUACAGACUACACCAGGAUUUGCCAAAACAUUGCGCGAGGCUCUGCCCAAGAUGACAGCCCAGGAGGGCAUAUCUGCCUUCUACAAGGGUCUGGUUCCGUUGUGGAUGCGACAGAUUCCUUACACAAUGAUGAAGUUCGCCUGCUUUGAGCGUACUCUGGAGCUGUUGUACAAGUAUGUUGUGCCCAAGCCACGCGCCGAUUGCACCAAGGGCGAACAGUUGGUGGUAACCUUUGCCGCCGGUUAUAUUGCUGGUGUGUUCUGUGCCAUUGUCUCACAUCCUGCUGAUACAGUGGUCUCCAAACUGAACCAAGCCAAGGGAGCUUCAGCUCUGGAUGUUGCCAAGCAGUUGGGUUGGUCCGGUCUCUGGGGUGGUCUGGUUCCUAGGAUUGUGAUGAUUGGUACUUUGACUGCUGCCCAAUGGUUCAUCUAUGAUGCCGUCAAGGUAGCCCUGCGUAUGCCACGCCCACCACCACCAGAAAUGCCUGAAUCUCUGAAGAAGAAGUUGGGCGUGACUGGCAAUGAGCAGUAAACAAAAACGAACAAAAGGGACUUGUAUAGAAGUUAAUUGUUUUUAAAUGUAACUAGAGAGCCGAAUGAAGAAUCAGAAUGUUUGACGAAAUAAUACAAUAAAAUAGAACAAAAUUUA